AUGAUCCUCAGCCUGGCUGGGGACAACCUGGUGCCGUGGACGGGGGUGAAGAGCACCCAGGCGCUGGCGGCGGUGGCCGGGGUGCUGGCAGAUGGCGGCCUCGCUGUGGUCGGCGCCGACACGCAGCUGCUGCGUGCGGCGGGCAACGCCAGCUCGGGCGGCGGCCGCCGCCUGCGCCGACGCCUGGCCGACGCCGAGGCCUCGGGCGUGGCCGCCAUCCCCAGCCUGUACACCAUCAUGGAGGCCGCCCUCAUCCGGGCCACAGUGCAGGCGCCAGCCGGCAGCCAGGCGGCGGUGCAGGGAGUGCUGGUGGCGUCGGCGGCCUCUGGCAUGCUGGCAACGCGCAUGCGCCUGCGAGGGCUGGCAGUGAGCCAGGUGCAGGUCAUGUCAGUCUACCCCGGCACCACCAACCCGCCCAACCUCACCGCCCUCGUCCCGCUGACGGUGGCCAACCUGUCGGAUGCGUCGCCCCCCAGCCCGCUGUCUGCCGUGGGCACGGGCUUCCCGGUAUCCAGCAGCGGCGGGCUGGGGACCUGGGAGAUACUGGUCAUCGCCGGGGCGCUGCUGGGCGCGGCGGCGGCCUCGGGCGCCCUGCUGUGGUGGCUGUGGCGCCGCAAGCUGGCCAGAGACGGUGCCGCCAAGGCGCCCCCCGCCUUCACGUUCGACGGCAAGGAGCUCAAGAAGUCGCCGCCGCCGGUGCGGCGCACCCACAGCGUGAACAGCCUGGACCUGGAAGGUGCCUACACGCCGCGGUACCGCCAGCCCAUCACCCCCCGCCGCGCCGCGCUGAAGCAGAGCGGCUACGGCGCCACCAUCAGCGUGCACGCCUCUGCCGCCGGCGGCGGCAAGCAGCUGGCGUCCGGGGUGCAGCUGCUGCCACGCGCUCCCGGCGCCGGCGGCGCGCGCAUGCCCGUCAGCAUGGCCCGCACGAUGGCGGCGGUGGCGGGGAUGCAGGAGGCGCGGCGGGCCGGGGUGCAGGCCGAGCGAUACGCCUCGCAGCAGGCGGCGGAGCAGGCGGCGAUGAGGGAGUACCUGAAGAGCAAGCCACCGCAGGUGAUGUGGGAGGACGAGGCGGCGGCCCGGGUGGCGCGCGUCGCCGAGCGGCUGGCCCGCUCGCAGAGCCGCCUGAGCUCGCUGCCGCCGGGCAGCGUGGCCAGCCGCCCCUCCAGCUACACCAGCGCCGGCACCAGCAGGGCGGCGUCUGAGGCCAGCUAUGCUUCCUCCGAGAUCCUGCCCGCCGAAGGGCCCGGCUCCCAGGCACCCUCCACGCACAGCGCGCACAGCGGGCGCAGCGCGCAGUCCGUGGCGCAGCUGCCGCUGGGCGGGCACGGCGGCGCGGCGCGGCCGGAGCAGCUGCAGCGCGCGGCGGCGCGCGUGCAGUCGGGCAGCCCGAGGCGCAGCUCUGCCAGGGCACGGGGCUCGUUUGCCGUCAAGGAGGUGGAGGGCGGCAUGGCUCAGGCGAUCAGCCGCCUGGCUCGCGCCUCCUCCGCCCCGCACGAGGCGACGGUGCCCCCCCUGCACGCCAGCCGCACCGGCCUGACGGGGGCCUGGGUGGCCUCUGGGGGGCGCUUCAACUCCUCUGAGGUGCUGGAGGGCGUGGAGGAGGGGCUGGAGUGA